UGUGCUCCUCUGCGACAGAGGAGCUCAUACAAGGAAGAGUGGAGAAGAGCCAAACAUCACGAGAACGUCUCAGACACGACGCGCAAGACCUUGGCAAGUUUUAUUCGCCAGACACUGACUGGAAAAUCUUGUGCAAUGUUGAUGAGGAAACUUAAACCCUGACUGCAACUCGCUGUAUUUUGGUUAUCCGGACACUAAUAUCUUGGGAAAGGGCUCCAGACCAAAAGCAUCGAUGUGAGAUUGUGUACGUUGAGACUGCCUUUGACUGAGGAAGCGCCCCCCCUGUGCAAAAAAACCUCCCUCGCUUCACAAUGAAGGCCUUCGCUUUACUGUGCUUCCUGAUGGCUGUGGAGGUUGAGGCCUCUCGGUUCAUCCGGGACUCCCCGACUGUGCCUGACACUUCUGAAGUCUUCAAGAAUAAUGCGUCCGUCUCUCGCCAACCCCCACAGCCGGCCCGACCGAGGGGUUCCUUCCCCCCAAUGUGCUUAAAACCCACAGAGAUUAAGCACGCCUUCAAGUAUGUGAACACCAUUGUGUCUUGCCUGAUCUUUGUGGUCGGGAUCAUUGGGAACUCCACCCUGCUCAGAAUUAUAUACAAGAACAAGUGUAUGAGGAAUGGACCCAAUGUCCUAAUUGGCAGCCUGGCACUGGGGGACCUACUUUAUAUCAUAAUCGCCAUCCCCGUCAAUGUCUAUAAGCUCAUAGCAGAGGACUGGCCAUUUGGAGUAUAUGUCUGCAAGAUGAUCCCAUUCAUUCAAAAAGCUUCAGUGGGUAUCACUGUUCUCAGCCUGUGUGCUCUAAGUGUGGACCGCUACCACGCAGUGACAUCAUGGAGCAGGGUGAAGGGGAUGGGCAUCCCUGUGUGGAAAGCAGUGGAGGUGAUACUCAUUUGGGUGAUUGCUUUGCUACUAGCAGUCCCCGAGGUGCUGGCGUUUGACAUGCUGGAGAUGCCGUAUAGAGGCAACAAGCUGCGCGUAUGUCUGCUACAUCCAGAGCAGAGCUCCAACUUUAUAAAGUUCUACCAAGAUGCAAAAGACUGGUGGCUGUUUGGCUUCUACUUCUGCCUACCACUUGCCUGCACAGGAAUCUUUUACACCCUCAUGUCCUGUGAGAUGCUGAGUCAAAAGAAAGGCAUGCGAAUUGCACUCAAUGACCACAUGAAACAGAGGAGGGAAGUGGCCAAGACAGUGUUCUGCCUUGUGUUGAUUUUUGCUCUCUGCUGGCUGCCACUUCACCUCAGCCGUAUUCUGAAGAAAACAGUCUAUAACCAAGAUGACCCCAACCGCUGUGAACUCCUCAGCUUCCUCUUAGUGAUGGAUUACAUCGGCAUCAACAUGGCUUCCCUGAACUCCUGCAUUAACCCCAUUGCCCUCUACUUUGUCAGUCGGAAGUUCAAAAACUGCUUUCAGUCUUGCCUGUGCUGCUGGUGCUAUGGAACAUCUACACUAGAUGAGCGAGGUUCCAUCCCAGGUUGGAAGGGCUCCUGUCAUGGCAAUGGACUAGAUCGCUCCAGCUCCCGCUCCAGUCAGAAAUACACAAGCGCCUCAUAAAUAUACAGUACAUGCACACUUA